CUCUCACUCUCACCUGGCUUUCUCUCUCUCUCUCUUGCCUUGCUCUCACCUCCGCCAUUGCCUCCAAUGGACAGCGUGAGCUCGUCGAGGACUUCCAGAGGUUGCGAGCGACGGCCGAGACCAUGGGCCUCUUCAGGGCCUCCGCCUCCUUCUUCUCGCUCUACCUGGGCCACAUAAUUCUCCUCGAGGCGCUGGCCUGGGGCCUCCUGGCCUUCUUCGGUACCGGCUGGGUGCCCACGGUCCUCGUCACCAUCAUCCUCGCCACGUCGCAGGCCCAGGCUGGCUGGCUGCAGCACGACUUCGGGCACCUGUCCGUGUUCCGCUCGUCACGCUGGAACCACCUCCUCCACAAGUUCAUCAUCGGCCACCUGAAGGGCGCCUCAGGCAGCUGGUGGAACCACCGCCACUUCCAGCACCACGCCAAGCCCAACGUCUUCCGAAAAGACCCCGACGUCAACAUGCUGCACGUGUUCGUGCUGGGACGCACGCAACCCGUGGAGUACGGAGUCAAGAAAAUGAAAAUCCUUCCUUACAAUCAACAGCACAAAUACUUCUUUCUAAUUGGGCCGCCUCUUCUCAUCCCCGUGUACUUCCACCUGCAAAUCAUCAACACGAUGAUCAAGAGGAGAGACUGGGUGGACCUGGCGUGGUCGGUCACCUACUACAUCCGCUACUUCCUCACCUACACUCCCUUCUACGGCCUCUUGGGAGCCAUGGCCCUCAUCUUCGUGGUCAGGGUGAUCGAGAGCCAUUGGUUCGUGUGGGUGACGCAGAUGAACCACAUCCCUAUGGACAUCGACCACGAGAAGCACAAGGACUGGACCACGAUGCAGCUGGAGGCCACGUGCAAUGUGGACCAAUCGCUCUUCAACGACUGGUUCAGCGGUCACCUCAAUUUCCAGAUAGAGCACCACCUCUUCCCCACGAUGCCACGUCACAACUACCACAAGGUGUCUCCGCUCGUCAAGUCGCUCUGCAGCAAGCACGGCCUGGACUACCAGAGCAAGACGCUCAUCACCGCGUGUGUCGACGUCGUACGCUCGCUGAGGGCGUCCGGACAGCUGUGGCUGGACGCUUACCUGCACAAGUGAGGUGGUUGGAUGGUCGUGGGAGACAACCACCAUCAUCAUCCACUACCAUUCACAACCACCACCACAACCACCACCAACCAUCACCAACCAACCAUCACCAACCAACACCAUCCACCACCACUGUUCAUCCGCGGAGCACUACACUACACACACACACCUCUGGAUCUAAUAUUGAAGCCCAGACGGCCUCCUCACUCGCCCCACACUUCCACACAGCACACGCAGCACAGUACGCAUCACACACGACGCACUGUACACCACACCGUGCACAGCACAGAUACAGUGCGCACGCAGUACACACAUAGUACACACGCACACAGCGCACACACAGACACAUCACACGCAGACACUCCACGCAUCCACACUCGUACCAAAUCAGCGCACACACCACGCACACACACACACUCACCUCCGAUUGGCAUAGUUGCCUAGGUAUGGUGCGAAAAAAGAUCCCCGGCGUAGCCUUUAACAGACUGUUGCGGGGGCAGGAGGGCAAGUGCUGUUAGCGAGCACCACGAGGUGGUGGGUGGCCAGCACCAUGCCCGGCGGCCUUCGUCACCCCGAGUGGCGAUGUUCUCACACGGCGGCAACCAGGGACCCGUUUUAGGUCGGAGGCGCAGGACCAGUUCAGAUAUAAUCGUCGUCACGAGUGUUGGUAGUGGCUGUGAGAGCGGGAAUCGAACCCGGGUCCUCCAGGUUCGCCAGCGUAGCGCGCUGCGCACGCUGCUGCACUGAAACCACGCCCACACUGCAGCCACCUGACCGCCACGUCACAACACACACGCACACGCGCGCAACCACGUGACACUCCCGCUACUUUCGCUCCUCCACCGUUCAUCGGUCGCAAGGAAAUUCGCGUGGGGAACUUAGUGAUUUUUUUGGGGGGCACAAAAAAGCGUCUAGGACUUUUAACGCUCCGAUAGCGUGGCACGCAGCAGUCGCCGCACUGAGCAAUCCCCUCCGCCUUGCUAACAGUCGGGGAAAACCCUCGAUAUAGCCCCCCCCCCCCCCCCUGGGGCGUUACUCGUGGUUGCCUCGUGGCUUCAAAUGAACGUUGCCGAUCAUUCCAAACGUCUUCUCAUUUGCAGCAUCGCAUUGUUCAUUCGGCCUAUCGAGACGGCCGCGGUGAUAUCGGCCGACCGUGUCGCCGCGUUGAGUCAUUGACCAAUCGGAGGGGCAGUGUUUGAUUGGCCAAUCGGGACGGCCGCGGUGACAACUGUUGAUCGGGUCGCUGUGUUAAAUCGUCGAGCAGUCGGAAGACAGUGUUUGAUCGGCCAAUCGAGAUGGUCAUGGUGAUGAAUGUCAGUCGGGUCGCUGUGUUAAAUCGUCGACCAAUCGGAAGACGGUGUUGAAUCGACAAAUCGGGACGGCCGUGGUGAUAUUGGCCCAUCGGGUCACUGUGUUAAAUCUUGGACCAAUCGGAAGACGGUGUUUACUCGGCUACUCUGCUGAGAUGUGAUGCCGUGAAAUUGACGGCCGUGUUCAACUAUCCAAUCACACGGCAGCGUGCCACUGGCCAAUCAGAAGACGACAGUGUUGAAUUGGCCAAUUUUGUAUGGCCCUUGGCGAUAUCUUUGGCCAGUGGGUUCACUGCGUGGUCGGCCCGUGGCGCAUUUAAUCGAGCAAUCGGGGCGACGGGCUGCAUUUUUAAUUGUUCAAAAUAUCGUGACAGCGAUGUGGACAGGAGCCAAUCGGAGCAAAGCAUUUGAAUUGGGUCAUGCUCACGCCAAUCAGGAUGGGCCAAUCAGACUGUAGCAUUUUGCGCGCGUUCACUCUCGAUGGUUUGGUAGUGUUGACAUUGGGCCCACUGUAGUUGAAGGUUAGGUUGGGGCCUACGUAUUAAAUAUGGCCAGAAUCGUCGUGCAAUUGGCCAGCCUAUUCAUCUCUCUCUAUUCAUAUCUCCCCCCCCCCCCCACCUCUAUAUGGUGCUUGGUAAGCUGAGUGUGUUGAUGGGUGGGGUGCCCUGAUGUGGUGGCUCUGGCUGGGCCAGUUAUUCCACUCUCUCACACACGCACACAGAGACCCAAACCAGUUCGACACUGACUGCUUCCAGGGAGUUGUCGAUAUAAUUUCCCUAAAACCCCCACGAAGCCCUGCUGGCUUCUCGCCACGCGCCCUGGUUAUUUGCCUGCUGUGCCCUUCCAAACGCACCGCACCUGCCUGAUGAUUGUUCAACAUGUCCCACGCGAUAAGAGAGAAGGAUGGCCGAUUGGAGUUCACGACGAAGAGCGCGUAUGUGUGUGUUUAUCUGGGGGCCUUCGUAGGUGCUAAUCACUAACAGCUCUUGCCCCAAUAGUCUCUUAAAAGCUACGGCGGGGAGGGGGGGGUGGUGGAUCUUUGAAUUUGUGGGGAGUGGCGGUGCAGUGAUUAGCGUGCUGCGCUGAGCUACGGCCACCACGAUAACCUGACCUGGUUCUGGGUCCUCCCCUAUAUUAACUCGGCCUCAAAGGUGCGGUGUAUGUCUAUAGAACAUCAGCACUGGGGCGAUAAAGGUGGACAGGCGUGGUGGUGGCAACUUACCCCCCCUCGUGUGCUGUGCAAGCCUUUGUAAGUGCUGCUUGCUAACAGUGAGUAUGAGGGUUUGUGAGUG